UAGAGGGUUUCCUAUUGGCCCAGAUAAGGAGUAUGGCGCCAGACAAGCAGGCAGCUUCUAGGAUGGCAUUACCAGCUGACCUAGAUAAGGGGGCAUCUAGCGACAUGGCGCCCGGGAAUGGUGAGAUAGCAGGGUCACCGCUCAAGCCACAAUUACGAAAGGAAAUAUCGCAAUGUGACGAAUGUGACAAAAACGAACUGGACAAUGGCACGGGAAUAACCAGGAAGGAGAAAAGGGAGGCGGUCGAGGUGGGACGGAGGGGUGAUAAGGAAAGCGGUCAAGAAGAGGCAAUGGAUACAUAUUGA